CGCCGACCCCGCUGCCGCUGAUCCCGUCAACAACCUCCCCUGCCGAUACCGUCGCCGCUGAUCCUGUCAAAACUAAGAAAAGUGAAAAGUACUUGCACUAAGAAAAGUGAGCAAUAUUCUCUCCAUGGCACCAAGCAGAGUUGCAACUCACUACUCUCCCAAAACUCGUCCCUUGAAACUCGGUCUUCGGUUUUAAUCGACUACGAAAUGCGUUCUCCGGCGAGGUUUCUACUGUCGUCGGAGGCGGAGCCGCCGAGUCCCCUCCCCUUCGACUCUGACGUCGUUGUCAUCCUCGCCGUCCUCCUUUGCGCCCUCAUCUGUGUCGUCGGACUCGCCCUCUUCGCCCGCUGCGCCUGGCUACAUCACUCGGUUACCUCAACGGCCCGCAUCCCCUUCCCUGCUUCGCCCAACAAGGGCCUCAAGAUGAAGGCCAUCCGAGCGCUUCCCACCCUGUCUUUCAACUCCUCCUCUGCCUCUGCUGCGGGUGGCAUCGCGCUGCUCGACUGCCCCAUCUGCCUCGCCGAGUUCUCUGACGGUGAGGUCGUCCGCGUCCUGCCCCAGUGUGGCCACGGCUUCCACGCCAAGUGCGUUGACACCUGGUUUCGGUCCCAAUCCUCCUGCCCCACCUGCAGACGGAUCCUGGCGGUCGCCGCCCCGCUGCGGUGCCAGCAGUGCGGCGCCAACUCCGGCGCCGGCGCUAAGCUGCACGAUGGGGGCGCAUCCAGUACGUUCCUUCCCUAAACAACAAGCACGCCACAUGUUUGUUAUUACGUUUCCUCCUAGUUUUGAACUGAUUUGUUGUUCAUCUCGUGUGUAAUUGCUACACGACAAUCAGAGAGGCAGCUUGAUAUUCUACUAGUUUUGUGUUUUUUUAAUGAAAAAUGUAUCAACUUUCUUGCAAAUGGAGUACUUAGGGUAACCCUCACUCCCAUGUCGUUUUGAGAACAA